AUGCAGGGCGCUAAGGAGAACCGCGCGCGUCGCGACCUGUUGCUCAGCAUCCAGGGGCAGAUACAAAAGCUGUGGGAGGAGGAGAAAAUUUUCGAGGCCAAUGCCCCGCUUGACGGUGACGCAAAGCUUCGCCCCAAGUUCUUUGGCAACUUCCCCUACCCCUACAUGAAUGGCCUGCUCCAUCUGGGUCAUGCGUUCUCGCUCUCGAAGCUGGAGUUCAAAGCGGCGUACGAGCGGCUGUCUGGCAAGAACGUGCUCUUCCCGCAGGCCUUCCACUGCACCGGCAUGCCUAUCAAGGCCUGUGCGGACAAGCUGGAUCGGGAGCUGCGCACGUACGGCUGCCCACCUAACUUCCCCCGGGAGGACGCGAUGGAGGAGGAGGCCGAGGCAGCCGCAGCAGCGCCUGCAGCUCCGGCCGGCGGGGAGGUGAAGGCCGACCCGACCAAAUUCAGCGGCAAAAAGAGCAAGGCGGCCGCGAAGAAGGGGCCGGGCGCGUACCAGUACGACAUCCUCAAGCUCAGCGGGAUCCCGGAGGACCAGAUUCCGGAGUUCAGGGACUCGGGUCACUGGCUCAACUUCUUUCCUCCGCUGGCCCAGCGCGACAUCACCGCCAUGGGCUGCGGAGUGGACUGGCGUCGAGCUUUCAUCACCACCGACGUCAACCCCUAUUACGACUCGUUCGUGGCGUGGCAGUUCUGGACGCUGUAUCGAGCGGGGAAGAUCAUUAAGGACAAAAGGUACGCGGUGUACUCGCCGCUGGACGGGCAGCCGUGCGCGGACCACGACCGCGCCUCGGGCGAGGGUGUGGGGCCACAGGAGUACACGCUUAUCAAGAUGGAAGCAGUUGAGCUUAAGGGCAAGCUGGAGGAGCUGGCUGGCAAGGGCCGCGUGUUCCUGCUGGCCGCCACGCUGCGCCCCGAAACCAUGUAUGGCCAGACUAACUGCUGGGUGCUACCGGAGGGCAAGUAUGGCGCGUUCCGCGGUCUCAAUGACGAGAUCUGGAUCUGCACGCAGCGCGCUAUGCUCAACUUGUCAUACCAGGAGCGCACUCCGGUUCGCGGGCAGCCGGAGCUGCUGCUGGAGCUGACUGGUCAGGACCUGAUCGGCACCCCGGUCAGCUCGCCGCACUGCCCGCACCCCCACGUGUACGUGCUGCCACUGCUUACCAUCCUCACCAACAAGGGCACGGGCGUGGUCACGUCGGUGCCCUCGGACUCGCCCGACGACUACACCGCCCUCAUGGACCUGAAGAAGAAGCCCAAGCUGCGAGAGAAGUACGGCGUCCACGACGAGUGGGUCCUGCCCUUUGAGGUCAUCCCAAUUAUUGACAUCCCCGGCUUCGGAGACACCGCCGCCGUCAAGGUGUGCGAGGACCUCAAAAUCGGCAGCCAGAACGACACCGUUAAGCUGGCGGAGGCCAAGCAGAUGGUCUACCUCAAGGGCUUCACGGACGGUGUGAUGAUUGUUGGCCCCUACUCGGGCCGCAAGGUGUCGGAGGUGAAGCCCAUCAUCCGCGAGGAGAUGGUGGCGGCGGGGCGGGCCAUGAUGUACAGCGAGCCGGAGCGCCAGGUCAUCAGCCGCAGCGGAGACGAGUGCGUGGUGGCGCUCACGGACCAAUGGUACAUGACCUACGGCGAGGAGGAAUGGGCCACCGCCACCCGGGAGGCCCUUGCGCGCAUUGAGACCUACAGCGAUGACACCCGCGCGCAGUUCCAGCACUGUCUCGGCUGGCUGCAGCAGUGGGCUUGCAGUCGCUCCUUCGGCCUAGGCACCCGACUGCCCUGGGACCCGCAGUACCUUAUCGAGUCGUUGUCCGAUUCCACCAUCUACAUGGCCUACUACACGGUGGCGCACAUCCUGCAGAAGGGGGACAUGUACGGGACGGACCACAGCGGCAUCACGCCCGAGCAGCUGACCCCCGAGGUGUGGGACUACAUUUUCCUGGGCAAGGACGCGCCCAAGGACUGCUCCAUCUCCCCCGACGCGCUGGCCAUCAUGCGCCGCGAGUUUGAGUAUUGGUACCCUUUUGACCUUCGCGUCAGUGGCAAGGAUCUCAUCCAAAAUCACCUCACAUUUGCGCUCUACAACCACACCGCCGUGUGGGCCUCUGACCCAGCCAAGUGGCCCCGGGCCAUCCGCUGCAACGGCCACCUGCUGCUCAACAGUGAAAAGAUGAGCAAAAGCACCGGGAACUUUAAGACGCUGCAGGAGGCCAUUCAGGAGUUCUCUGCGGACGCGAUGCGGUGGGCACUGGCGGACGCAGGCGAUGGCCUGGACGAUGCAAACUUCGAGACCAACACCGCCAACGCGGCUAUCCUGCGUCUCACCAGGGAGCUCACCUGGAUUGAGGAGUGCCUGUCGCCCGCGUCGGGUCUGCGUGAAGGUCCUUCCGACGUGCUGCUGGCGGAUCGAGUAUUCAGCAACGCCAUUAAUGUGGCCAUCGCUGCCACCAAGGACGCCUACGAGCGCAUGGCCUUCCGCGAGGCGCUCAAGGCCGCAGCGUAUGACCUUGGUAACGCGCGCGACAUUUACAGGCUGGCGUGCGGUCCUGACGGCAUGCACCGGGGUCUGGUGAUGCGCUUCAUUGAGGUGUCGACGCUGCUGUUGCUGCCCUUCGCCCCACACACGGCGGAGCACAUUUGGCGCCACAUGCUGAAGCGCGAAGGCGCGGCAGUCACGGCGGGCUUCCCCGUAGGUGCCCCGCCGGACACCAUUCUGCAACGCGCGGCAGCCUACGUCGAGGACCUCAUCCCCUCGCUGCGGAAGGCCAUCGCCAAGGCGGAGGCACCGCCGAAGAAGAAGGGUCCAUCUGCGGCGCCCCCUCCCCGUGUGGUUGCGGCGCAUGUCUUCGUUUCGGAGCGAUUCAUCGGGUGGCAGGAGCGGGUGCUGGGAGCGCUGGCGCCACGAUUCGACGCCAAGUCGCGCACCUUUGCCGAAGACGCGACGGCAGCCGUGCUGGAGGCGGCGAAGCAGGACCCUGUUUUCUCCUCCCUCGGGGAAAAGCAGCUCAAGCAGGCGGUGAUGCCCUUUACAAAGUACAAGAUGGAGGAGGCCAUCGCGGCGGGGCCACAGGUUCUUGACGUGAAGCUGCCGUUCUCGGAAGUAUCAAUCAUCAACGACUCAAUGGCGUACCUGCUGCGGUCGCUCAAGCUGGAUGCGCUCCAUGUGCACCUGGUAACAGAUGCGGGGGUCAGCGAGAUAGCCGCUGGUGUGAAGGCUGACGUCAAGGGGGCGUACCCCGCCAGCCCGGUCUUUGGUUUCGUGACGGCUGCCGCAGACGAAGCAGCGGCGCAGUGAGAGGGGCAUAUGCAUAGGCAAAAGCACAUGCUCGGGAUGCCGCGCAGCUGAAGGUGAAGAGGCGGGAAUCGGGGAAUUCUGUUGUGGGAGGGCGGGGCCCGUGCAGGAUGAUUAUCUUUGUGUGAUAGGGGUGAGGUAUAUGCUGUGUGCUUAUGCAGGUGACAGGGAUAGUAUGAAGAGAGCGAGCUGUAGGCUGUGUACGCAUAGGCGAGCGAAUAGUCCAUGUGAGGAGAUGUUUUGGGCCGGUUCGGCUGUUGUGUGACAAUCGUGACGUGAUUUCCUGAGCUAGAUGACCUCAUGUAACGCUGACAGAUCGUAUACGACGAAAGCCUAAUUGGGAUGAGGUGUCUAUGACGACAGGAAAUAUUUGGGCCUCUUAUGGUAUGGGCAUACAUGCACAUAUGAUAAACAGGGUAUUGGAAAGCUGCAGGCAAUGGUAAGGUAUGGGUUUAAGAUGACUGUUUUU